AUUUUCCUCUUUUCCAUUCACCAAAUUCAGAGCUCAAAUCCAUGCACAGAUCAAAACCCUUGGACAAACCAAAAGGUCUGGGUUAUUGUCAAUUUGUUCUGAUAUCAUGGCAAGUGAUACUCCUGGUAUUUUGGGCCAGCAGUUUCACCAGCAUGCACCAGUUGUUGUGCCAAUUGACAGAGGCAGUGGUCAUCGGAAUGUAACUGAUAUCUGUACACAGACAGGUGAGGAAUUUUCGGCAGAGUUCUCCCGAGAUCGUGGAGCUUUAAGAAGAAGACCAGUUACAACAGAGGUUGAUCAUGUCCAGGUUACAACAGAUGUUUGUCAUGUCCAGCCAUGUGGAGCAGCAUUUAAUUAUGUUCAGAACCAAGUGCAGCAUGGGAGGAAUGUAUCUGAUUGUGUUAAUGGACAACAAAUGGGUCAGAUUUUUGAAGAAAAUUAUGCUGACCAAGUAAAUCCUGGAUUGACCAACAGUCCAAUUUAUGCAGUGGAGUCCCCUCAGUCGUACCUUCCUUAUUGUGCAGGAGUAAUGGAAGCUGCUUUAUCUGGCAAAAUGAAAUUUCUAUGUAGCUUUGGGGGCAGAAUAUUGCCCAGGCCAAGUGACGGAAAGCUCAGAUAUGUUGGUGGAGAGACACGCAUUAUAUCCAUACGGAAAAACUUAACUUGGGAAGAACUUGCAAGGAAGACUACAGCGAUUUGUAACCACCCACAUAUAAUCAAGUACCAGCUCCCUGGUGAGGAUCUUGAUGCGCUUGUAUCUGUUUGUUCUAAUGAGGAUCUUCUCAACAUGAUUGAAGAAUACCACGGGCUAGAAAGAAAUGGGGGUUCUCAAAGGCUGCGUAUAUUUCUCAUUUCUUUAGGUGACCCUGAGAGUCCACUUUCUUUAGAGGGAAGAUCUCCACAGCAGACUGAUACUGACUACCAGUAUGUUUCUGCUGUUAAUGGCAUGCUGGAUAUGAGUCCUCAGAAUUCUAGCAGUCAGAGUUUAGCAAGCCCAAGAACCCAGUUGGGAAACGCUUCAGAUUAUAGUCCUAUUCAUAAAGAAACUCCACCAUCUACUAUCGUUUUUGAGAACAAGGAUUACAGUCCAAGGUCUACAAACUUUAAGGGGAUCCUCUCAAAUCCUUCUCCUCAGGUUUUAGCUAAACUUUAUAUUCCAAACAAAUCAUUUAAUCAAUCCCCUCCUCUGUCGCCUGUCCAAGUUCAACAUGGAGAUCCUAAGAAUUCUCCUGUGCUUUUUUAUGUGGAUAGGCAACACGUAGAUUGCAAUGGAAACAUUAAUCCUUUUUUCACAGAAAAACAUUUAUGUGAUAAUUCCUACCAUGUUGAUGCCUCUAGAUAUCAUGACAAUCCUCUUCAUGUUCCUCCUCCAUUGAUAAACUACCAUCACCACAACCAGCAUUUUUUAGAAACUGGCAUGACUAAUAAACCCUGUGAAAUGCAUUUUCACAGUCGCAGUCCCAGUGGAGAUUGUGUGCCUUAUCCACUACAUGGUCAUAGUAAUCUAAAGUCUGAGAUCUCCACUCUUAAGGAAAAGUCAUUCUCUGACUCUCAGUUACAGGGGCUUGAUGAGACAUCUAGUUACCCUGUGGGAGGAGUUGUGAUGCAGGUAUCAUGCAAUAAUGGAAGAGAAGAAAAAUCACCCUCACUAGCAUUGUCAAAUUCCCCUAGAGAGUGGCCAGGGCAAUGGCAAGAUACAACUGAUGGAAAAUACCAAGUGGCCAAGCAUGAGAAUCAGCUCACCAUAGGGAUGGCAGACUGCAAGGGGAAUUUUGAGCUCAAUCAAAUUGAUGUAAAUGAUGCCUCUUCUGAUCAAGACAAGAAACAACAUGAAGGAGAUACUAAAGUUAUAUCACAUUAUGACAGCAAGAAAGAUAGGAAUUUGCAGAACUUAAACUACCUUCCAAGCAUUUCUCUGCCUGCACAAAAUUUAGUGGGUUAUGGAGACUCAACAUUUAGUUUACCAGUCACUAUUGGGCAAAGUUCUGCCGAUAGUACGAGGGACCACUUCUAUGGUUGCCAAAAUACAGUGGAAUCUGAGUUGGAUAUGAGGAACCAAAGUGCUAAAAGGGAUGACCAGUGCACUAGAAUUGAUAUUGUGAAUGGUGAUAAAUUUGUCUAUCAAUCUGCAGAACAACCUCAGCAACUGGCUAACGAAGAAGCAAAUGGAUCAGGCUUUUCCAUCGACAACACUUUAAGUAGAUGGGAAUUUCUCCAUGGUGAAGAAGCUGUCAAUUGCCUGGAACACAAUGCUGCAGGGGUGGAGAUCAGAGAUCAAUCUUACCACAGGUCGAAGUUUGAAGAUGCUGUUGGCAUCCAGUCUAAGCUCUCAGAUGAUUGUAAUGCUAUCAGAGUACUAGAGCCCAUGCUUAUUAUUGAAGAUGUAACUAACAGUCCACCUCCAGACAUCCCAUCAUCUUCAACAGUGGUUCCAAAUAUUCAUGAUUUGACCAGUGAUGAACUUCAGCCAACCAGGCAAGCAGAGGCAGGUGGCCUCGCUCUAGAUUCUUCCUUUGAGGAUUUGAAAAGUGAUGAUGGUCAUGCAAAGGAAUCUUUUGGGGAGGCUGCUAUGGUUGAAAUUGAAGCAGGCAUUUAUGGUUUACAGGUUGUAAAGAAUGAAGAUCUUGAAGAAUUGAAAGAGUUAGGAUCUGGCACAUUUGGAACAGUUUAUCAUGGAAAGUGGAGGGGAACAGACGUUGCUAUUAAGAGGAUAAAAAAGAUAUGUUUUUCAGGGAAAUCUUCAGAGCAAGAGCGGUUGAUUAAUGAAUUCUGGAGAGAGGCACGAAUUCUGUCGAAUCUUCACCAUCCUAAUGUUGUGGCGUUUUAUGGGGUAGUCCCUGAUGGGCCUGAAGGAACAAUGGCAACAGUAACUGAAUACAUGGUGAAUGGAUCAUUGAGGAAUGUGCUAGCAAGUAGAGAUAGGGCAAUUGAUGGUCGUAAAAAGCUUUUAAUUGCAAUGGAUGCAGCUUUUGGCAUGGAAUAUUUGCAUUUGAAGAAUAUUGUUCAUUUUGAUUUGAAGUGCGACAAUUUGCUGGUCAAUUUGAGGGAUCCUCAGAGACCCAUAUGCAAGGUUGGAGAUUUUGGAUUGUCAAGAAUUAAACGCAACACACUCGUAUCUGGUGGUGUCCGUGGAACUCUUCCAUGGAUGGCACCAGAAUUGUUGAAUGGUAGCAGUAGCCGUGUAUCUGAGAAGGUUGAUGUUUUCUCAUUUGGUGUUGCAUUGUGGGAGAUCCUGACCGGCGAAGAGCCAUAUGCUAGCAUGCAUUGUGGUGCUAUAAUCGGUGGAAUAGUGAGUAACACACUCAGGCCACCUAUACCAGAACGUUGCGAUCCUGAGUGGAGAAAACUGAUGGAAGAGUGCUGGUCCUUUGAUCCAGCAGGCAGGCCAUCAUUUACAGAGAUAGCUAACAGGCUGCGUGUAAUGUCAGCAGCAUUACAGCCAAAGCGGCGUAAUGCAAUUAGAUGAAACAAAACCUGCCCAUGUACCAUGUAAGUAUGUAACAUACGUAUUCACACACGUUAGCGUAGAGUAAAGAAAAUUUGUGCAUUUAUGAGAUGAGUUUUUCUGACUAAUGUCACUGUGGCUACUGGUGCAGAGACCAAUCUCUCCCAGAUUGAGAUAAAAUGUAGACAUAUCC